ACCAGAGCAGCAGAGCCAGCCAUUCAGCCUUGCGAGUUCCACAAGCAGUUUCCCAGGAUGCACAUCGAUCAAGAAUCUGCAGCAUUCAUCGCUUUGGUGCAGGCCAGUGCUGGUGCAGCAGGGGCUAUCGUUGCCUCGGCGGCAUUGCAACCAGUGGAGGUCGCUAAAACACGAAUCCAGAUCAGCACUGGAGGCGAUGACAGUACUUGGGCAACUAUCAGGAAGAUAGCAGCCCAAGAUGGUGUUUUGGGACUUUGGCUGGGUGCCAUCGGCAAGUGUACGGAGAAUGGCGCCAAGAACUUUGCGUAUUUCUACAUCUAUGACGGUAUGAAUGCGAUUGUGAAGAGGCACAUGGCACUCACCACUCUUGUGAAACUGGUCUUGGGAUACGUUGCGGGCGUUGGCAAUACCCUCAUCAACAUGCCCCUGGAAGUGAUCUCAACAAAGAUGCAGCUGGACGAUGCCAAGGGCAUCGGAACCCUUGGCAUGUUGCAGCGGAUCGUGCAGAACGAAGGAGUGGGAACUCUCUACACGGGCUUGGGCUACAACAUCGCUUUGUGCAUUAACCCCGCCAUUCAAAACACCAUUUUAGACAAACUGAAGGAGGCGAUCCUCGGUGCUAUGAAGCGGAGGAACCCAGGAGUUGCUCCUGCGUUGACGGCUUUCCAGGCCUUUACGCUGGGCGCCUUCGCAAAAGCUGUUGCUACAGUGGUGACCUAUCCGCUCGUGAGGUUGAAGACCAAUUUGCAAGCAGGCAAAGUUCCGACCAUCGAGCGACAGCCCAGCCUGCGGAAGGUGACCUCCAAACUGGGACAUGGCAUGGAACGCUCAGGAUCAGUGGAGAUGAUUCGAGCGAUGUCCUUCCGCGAGGACAAGGAGGUUGAAAAGGCAUCUCUGUUGCAGAGGUUCGUGGAGCUUUACCGCGGAGUGGGCUCGGCGCUGUUGAAGAGCACCCUGCAAAGUGCUCUCCUCUACAUGGUAAAGGACCAGGUAGAGUUUAGCGUGGAAAGGCUCUUCAGGUUAAGUGCAGAGGGCUUCUACCGCAAGACGGGACAACUGAAGCUGGGCGGCUUCUCCGGCCGCCCCUUGGCCUCUUGAUCUUCCCAGCUGUCGGUGGCAGCCGUUGUCGGCCGUUGUGGUCCCAUGGUGUUCCAAGUGCGCCAAAUCAUCCUAAAU